AUGGAGGACGUGGAGGCGCGCUUUGCCCAUCUCCUGCAGCCCAUCCGCGACCUCACCAAGAACUGGGAGGUGGACGUGGCAGCCCAGCUGGGCGAGUAUCUGGAGGAGCUGGACCAGAUCUGCAUUUCUUUUGAUGAAGGCAAGACCACCAUGAACUUCAUCGAGGCGGCAUUGCUGAUCCAGGGCUCUGCCUGUGUCUACAGUAAGAAGGUGGAGUACCUCUACUCACUGGUCUACCAGGCCCUCGAUUUCAUCUCUGGCAAAAAGAGGGCCAAGCAGCCCUGCUCGGUACAAGAGGAUGGGACCACUGGGGAUGCUGGCUCCAGGCCCCUGCGGGAGCCAGAGGAUGAGUUUGUGUCCCUGGACGAGCUGCCUGAUGACCGGGCCUGUGUGGACCUGAAGAAUGACCAGCCUUCCAGCGAAGUGGUCAUUGUGCCCCUGACGCCUCUGGCCCUGGUGGCCCCGGACGAGGUGGAGAAGAACAGGCACCCCCUGUACAGCUGUCACGGGGAGGUCCUGGCUAGCCGGAAGGAUUUUAGGAUGAACACGUGCACCCCCCACCCCAGUGGAGCCUUCAUGCUGGAACCCAUGGGCAUGUGCCCCCGGGAGACGCUGCAGCAGACCCAGAAGGACACGGGGAGGGCUGAGGAGCAGCCAAUGGAGGUGUCUGUGUGUGGGAAUCCUGCUCCUGUCCCCAGCUUUUCCCCGGAGCCAGGUGAGAGUCCAGAAGGCCCGGUGCCCGGAGGUGAGGAGGAUGAGGAGGUGGAUAAUGCAGAGGUGGCAGCAGAGCUCCCUGAGGCCAUGGUCCCCGAGGUCCCUCCGGAGCCAAGCCCACAACAGAGUGCCGACCCUCCCCAGAGGUACAUGCUACGCCAGCGUGAGGAGGCCCCUGUGCCCCUGUCCCAGCUGAAGAUGGCCCUGGACCCCUGGCAGAGCCUGGACCCCUUUGACUCCCUGGAUUCUAAGCCCUUCAAGAAAGGUAGGCCCUUCUCUGUGCCCCCCUGUGUGGAGGAGGCUCCAGGACAGAAGCGCAAAAGGAAGCGUGCCACCAAGCUGCAGGACUUCCACCAGUGGUACCUGGCCGCUUAUGCUGACCACACUGACAGCAGGAGACCACGGCGGAAGGGCCCAUCCUUUGCAGACAUGGAAGUCCUAUACUGGAGGCACGUGAGGGAGCAGCUGGAGACCCUGCGGAAGCUACAGAGGAGGGAGGUGGCCGAGCAGUGGCUGCCAAGGGCUGAGGAGGAGCUGUGGUCCGAGGAGGAGCAGCUGGAAGACUCCUUGGAGCACCUGGGGCCUGCAGAUGACUUCCUGGAACCUGAAGACUAUUUGGAGCCUGAGGGGACAAGGCCUGGGGAUGCUGAUGACCUAGAGGCCAGGCCGCGGCCCUUGAGCUACGAGGAGCUGGUUCAGAGAAACGUGGAACUCUUCAUAGCCACCUCCCAGAAGUUUGUCAAAGAGACAGAACUAAGCCAGCGCAUCCGAGACUGGGAGGAUACUAUCCAGCCCCUGCUCCAGGAGCAGGAGCAGCACGUGCCCUUUGACAUCCACACUUAUGGGGACCAGGUGGUCUCCCGCUUCAGCCAGCUCAACGAGUGGUGUCCCUUUGCUAAGCUGGUGGCCGGCCAGCCCGCCUUCGAGGUGUGUCGCUCCAUGCUGGCCUCCCUGCAGCUGGCCAACGACUAUACCGUGGAGAUCACACAGCAACCAGGGCUAGAGGCGGCUGUGGACACCAUGUCUCUGAGGCUGCUUACGCACCAGCGAGCCCACAAGCGCUUCCAGACCUACACAGCCCCCUCCAUGGCCCAGCCCUGA